AUCAGUAUUUUUAUAGCAAAGUUGGGACUAAAAUUUUUCUUUUAUUUAACCAUAUGUUUUAAAAUUCCCCCAAAUCUAAGCAUGUGCAACUUUGUACUGUGAUGUUUACAAGAACUAAUAAUAUUUAAAAUUGUAAAUAUCUGACAGAUUCUUGCUAAAUUGAAAUUUUCUUAACUAAGACGGUCUAAAUGUUUCCCUUCAUAAUUUCAUAUUAUUUUUAAAAGAAAGGCAUUCUUUAGGUUACAACAUUAAAUAUAUAUGCGAUGUAGAUAUUUUCGUUGGAAACAUGACAACCAUAUGAUUCACGCCCAUAUUUCCUCAUAAUUAGAAAAAUUGAUCCAGUAUUUACUAUUUACACCUGGUUAAAUAUUUCGUAUAUAUAAAUAGAUUAAACUAAGAAAAAUUCCGAAAUGAAUUCAUGAGCUUAAGAUUCAUAUUGUGAUAGUAAAAGUUGUAAUUCAAUUUUAAUGAAUCGAUGGACAAACUGUUUUAAAAUAUAAAUAAAGCAUUAUUCGAGAUGCCUUCCAAAAAGCAGUAUAAUUUAGUGAAUGACGAUGCUUAUGAUAGCAGAAUACCACUGUAUAACGAUGAAGCUUUUCAGCAUGGUAUUACAUUUCAUGCCAAAUAUAUUGGUUCUCUUGAUGUUCCACGACCAAGUAGCCGAGUUGAAAUUGUUGCAGCUAUGAGAAGAAUUAGAUAUGAGUUUAAGGCAAAUUCCAUGAAAAAGAAGAAAGUAAGCAUAACCGUUUCAGUUGAUGGAGUCAAAGUAGUUCUUCGUAACAGAAGACAAACAAAUAAAUGGCCAUGGGAUGAAAAUAAGUUCAUUAUACUUCACCAUCCUAUAUAUAGGAUAUUUUAUGUUUCCCAUGAUUCACAAGACCUCAAGAUAUUUAGUUACAUUGCCAGAGAUGGUGGAUCCAAUUCCUUUAAGUGUAAUGUUUUCAAAUCAAAAAAGAAAAGUCAGGCUAUGCGAAUAGUACGAACUGUGGGACAAGCUUUUGAAGUAUGCCAUAAGCUUAGUCUAGCUUUAGCAUCUACAUCAGCAACUGGUGGAGCUGAUGAGGAAGCUGAAGAAAAUAAUCAAAAAGGAAAAUGCCAAGGUGAUGGAGCUUCUGAACCAAAUAGCUGUGAUACUCAAGAAGAAGCUAAUGCAACUAAAAUUUCAGAUGCAGCAACAAAUUCAUGCCUUCCACGUUCAGUGGGAUCUAAUUUCAAUCCAAAAGAUGAUAGUGAUCUAUGUAAAACUGCUGUGUCUCUCCCUACAUCUCAGUUACCAGAAUCCUCUAGUGUAUACCACCAUAUCCAACUUUUAAAAGAACAGCUUGAACAACAAAACCAACAGAUGCAAUCUGUUAUUGCCCAAGUACAAUUGUUAAAAGAUCAGUUAUCAGCUGAAAAGACAGCUCGUGUUGAAGCUCAAGCUCAGAACCAUCAUUUACUUGCACAUAAUAAAGAACUGCUUGAACAUAUAAAAAAAUUGGUGAAUCACAUUCAAGAUAUUGAGGAAAAGUUCCAAAAAACAGGAAGACUUACUGAAAAUUCCUUGUCUCAAUCAUUCCUUCAAAAUCCUUCCUCUAAUAUGGAUUUGCAUUUCCAAAACAUAAGGCAUCAAAAUUCAUCUACUUCUCUUGGAAUGCCACUCAUGGAUGAGAAUAUUCCUUCCGAUUUCCUUUUCCCAAGAAAUUAUUCCACUUCCUUGGGGAGGCAAUUGUCCGUCCCAGCCACUACACAUCAGAGUUUAUCCGGCAGUCCAAAGUUUGGUGUGUCCUUCAGCAACUCAGGUUCAUCCCUUCCAGGCAGUCCUUCACAGCAAAAUUUUUCUUCAAAUCUAGAUGCAAUUUUUAAACCUAACAGUUUUGUCUGCAGCAGUCCAAAAAUUUCCAGGAAACCUAAGAGUCCGUGUCUCGUAACAGACAAUGCAUCAAAUGAGAAUAUCAGCCGAUCUCCCUCAUUCUCUCAGUCUUCCACGAGUCCUGGUCAUUACAGAUCAAAGAAGCAGCAAAUAUUUGAUUUUGAGCCCUCUAAUUUUAAUUCUACAGGAUUUUUCAGUCAGGAUAGGAACAACCAGAAACCUUUCAUAGAUAAUUCCAAGGAUGAAAUUGAAACCAAUCCUAAUAAUGGUGCUUAUUCUCAAGUUACUGUUCAUUAUAACUCUCAUGAAGCCAGUCCGCCAAAAGAUAGUUUUAUCGCUCAGGUUACUAGGGAUCUUGCAAAAAUGUCCACAGUUGAAAAAAGUCUUUCAGACACUAAACCAUUUUUAGAUUCUGAUUUUUCAUCUUUAUUCAAAAGUUGAAUAACUAUAUAAAAUUUUAUGCAUGUAAAUUAAACCUCAUUGCAUAAUUUUUAAUAUUUUAAUUUAAAUUUAUUAGUUUGUAUUAGAAAUAUAUAUAUAUAUGUUGACUUAAUGUUAACUUAAUUUUUAUCCAUCUUGCAAUACUUAUAUUUUACUCAACUGCUUUAAAUAUUGCCAUUUUUCAAAUCAUCUCAGUGUAGUUUUUGUAAAGAACAUAUUUCAUUCUUCCUUGCAAUUUAGAUCUCAUAGUCAAACAAACUGUGUUUGCGAACUUAUCAUCUUGCUGCACAUUAACUUAGUGUGUAAUUAGUACUUGUAAUUUUGCUAUUAAUUAAGGAUA